AUGGCCGAUAGUGCGCUCCCCAAUUUCUACCGGCAUUAUUCUGGCAAUAAUGACGACGACAACACCUCGCUCCCCUCCACAGAAAAAGGCCCCGACGAACCCCCACUAGUCGUCAGUGAAAUUGGCUGUGAUCUAGUUACGUUGCAAUGGAUCUCAGGACGGUCACAUGCUGCGCUCAGAAAUGAUUCCUCCUCGAACAUUCAUAUCGCUUCCAUACAGGAGGGAGCCACUGAUGUGUGGUACAUCGAUACAGUACUCCACCCAAGUCUGAAUGCCCGAUGCAUCGGACUACGGGUCUGGAUUCCUUAG